GUUUUACCGCAAUACACGUGCCAUCCUAACAUAUCGCAUACCUACGGCGCGCAUGUGCAACAACCGCGUAACAACUAUGAAGUUAGGAAACAGAGAAUGACAACCACUUCAGCGCAAAGCGAGAGUCUGAUAAACAUAAGUAUAUAAGUACAUAACCAUUGCAUUACGGUUAUUAAUUAAAUGAAUCCUCCAAAAUGACCGAAUUUAUACAAGGAACAUGCUUGUUAAUGUGUCCAGGAAGAGAGCGACGGAUUAGGGAGGAGAAAGGUUUAUUACAUAGAUUCGAAAUCGAUGAAUGCCCAAAAGGAGCAACACGGCCAAAGGCAGAUCCCAAAAAAACCAUCAAAUGCUACAUCCGUUCAGCAGCAGGAUCAGUUAUGACCGAUCCGAAUCAACUGCGCCCCGCAUCCGUCCUAUUAUCAACCGUCAGAUAUUUGUUUACCAAGAUAGCUACACGUACAGACGUCGAUUGGAUAGUGGUGUACGAUUUUAUCUUCGAUCGACUAAGAGCCGUAAGACAAGAUGCCAUCAUUCAACGCAUAGAAAAUUCUUCUACAGGCAUUAAAUUGUUCGAGUCGAUAGUUCGGUUCCUAAUUUAUGCUGCACAGAGAUUAUGCGAGAGAAGCAAGUUAGAAUUUAGCGAACAAAUUAACAAUCAACAUCUUGCCGAGUGCAUGUCACAGUUGCUAACGUUAUACGACAAAUCGACCAACAAAGAUUUUCUCUCAAUCGAUAAAUGUCUACAGAAUCUAACACUGAGCAACGAUCGUCAACAGAUGGAAGCUUUGUAUAUCCUUCUAAACAUGGGUGAUGCCGAAUCUUUGAAAAGAGCAUUGAAUCUUCCACUUUACUUAAGAAAAUCUCCGGAUGUACAACUAUCGAUGAAAAUAUCGCUAGCUUGUCAUUUGAAAAACUACGUUCGCGUUUUCUCGUUAAUCCAACAGCUUCCAGCUCCGAUACUCGUCUGCGCAGCUAUGAUAAAUGCACCGAAAUUAAGAGGAACGGCACUGCAAGUCAUGAGUUGGGGGUAUAAUAGUAAACUCCAUACAUUUCCGGGACUUAAAUUGCAAGAAAUUUUACUGUACAAAGAUAUCAAUAAGGUUCAAGAAGACUGCAAACUGUUCGGCCUCAUUUGCAUCGAUGAAAAUGUUUUAUUUCAAAAAACGAAUUUCAAAGAUAACGUUCAAUUGGCCAAUUCCGAAGCGUAUUACACACAUCGGAUUCUGCAUCGUUUUUUACCAAAUAUUUUACUUGGAUCCGUUUAGCAAUAUCAACAAGUAACG